GAAAGUAACAUCCAUCAAAUGGGGCUUUGAAGUUCGUACUCUGAGUCUGCAGUCUCAGUCUCAGGCCCUGACUCCCUGCACUCUUCGCGAUUUCCCACUAUUUUUACACGCAUAAGAGUACAUGGGAAUAGCGAGAGAUUCUUCUAACGAUGGGGAAGCAGAAAAAGAACGUAGGUGAAGAAGAGUCUCCAGUCGUUGAUCUCUCGUGUCCCUCUUCAAAGAUUUAUGAAGAUAUUUCCAAACACCGCACAUGUUGGCUUCACAAUGUAGCAUAUUUGCGUGGUAUCAGAAAGAAGAUAUCUAAACAACAAGCUGAGCAGUUAAGGAGCUUUGAAUUAACUUCGCCCUGUUUUUUAGGUACAUUCCCCAGUAGCAGGCGGUCAAAGGUGACUAAAAUGCAUGAAAAUGCCAUCACUAAAGAAACAAAAAAGCUAGACAGUACAACGUUUGAAUCCUAUUUCCAAAACUUAUGGAGAAGCUUGCCGGAGGAUAAAAGGAUUUCAUUUACAUACAUCGACUGCUUAUGGUUUAGCUUGUACAUGAAUAUUUCCACUAAAGAAAAAGUAUUGUCGUGGAUCAAGAGGAAGCAAAUUUUUUCGAAGAAAUAUGUUAUUGUUCCUAUAGUCAUCUGGAGUCAUUGGAACCUUCUGAUCUUUUGCAACUUUGAUGAGAGUAUGCAAUCCAAAACCAGAACUCCAUGCAUGCUGUUACUGGAUUCCCUUGAAAAUGCUAACCCUAGGCGACUUGAACCGGAUAUAAGGAAAUUUGUAUGGGACAUCUAUAAAACAGAAGGCAGGACUGAGGAUAGAAAGUCGAUCUAUCGAAUUCCAUUGUUGGUGCCUAAGGUGCCACAACAGAGAGACGGUGAAGAAUGUGGCGGUUUUGUUCUCUACUACAUAAACCAAUUUGUGCAGGGUGCUCCAGAGAAUUUCAGCAUAAAGGAUUUCCCGUACUUUAUGGAUCGAAACUGGUUCAGCGCUGACAUUGUCGCACACUUUUGUGGGGAACUUAAGGCCCUUAAAAUGUGAUUCUCGCUUCUCUUGGCUGACCUGGUGUAGGAGCUGUAAAUUCCAAUUGCCUCUUAGGUCUUAACUUGUGUUUUGUCUUUUGGGUAGAUGAUGUUAGAGUAUAUGCAGGUAAAAGGAAGUUCACCCUAUAUGUGCAGUGAGUUUGUCAUUCUCUAUAUUGUAAGAUCUAUAAUAUUUGAGAAUUGCCAAAAAUUAUAAUAUUUAUACCUUUCUCC